CGCAUUUUAUUAAAAACAUUGUGAAAUACAUUGUUUUCGAACAACAAUUUUGUGGUUGUAGUAAACUAUUAUGGGACGACGCUGUUGUGUUGCGGACUGCCCCUCAACUUCACGACUUUUGGAGCACCAUGGCGUCACUUACCAUUCGUUCCCAAUGGAUGCCGUCAUACGUGCUAUAUGGAUAAAAAAUUCACGCAUUAGUCUCGACCGUCAGAUUACAAAAAGUGUAUUAGUGUGCUCUCGCCAUUUCAGGCGUCUGGAUUUUAAUACCAUUCGCAAUGGCAAAUAUUUGCUAAAGCCAAGAGUAUUUCCCACUGUAUUUCCUUGGGGAAAAAUGGAACCAUCCGAAAUUGAGGCAGAUCAUCGUGCGCUACAACAGGCGGCCGUCGAUGGCCCUGUUACCACAGGAACACCCACAAGUGCCACCAGCGAAGAAGUCAUUAAGGCAACUGUGGAUAAAAUUGUGGCCCAAAUUAUGGCCGAAACAGCGGAACGUAAUGCUGCAGCAGAAGCAGCAGCUAAAGCCAAAGAGGAGCAGGCAGAAUUGGAAAAGGCCACAGCGGCUGAAAGUUCUGGCGCGGAAGCAGAAACAGUUGCCAGUUCCAUUACUAAUGCUAGUGAGGAUGCGGCAGUCACCAUCUCAGUUGCAGCUAAGGAAUUAACUGCCACACCAAGCAGCGUUGCCUCACCCUCGGCAGGGACGCCACCUAAAUAUGGACCACCUACUAAUCUGACAAUUGGUGGCCGUCUAGAGGCCCUGAGCGUGGAUGGACUCUGGUUGCCGGCACGCAUUGUUGAAGUCAACGAGUCGGAGCAGACGCUACUUAUACGGUUUGAGCGCAAUCAUAAGCUAAAGAUAUCGCCCUCAACAAGCGGCGGUAAUCAAGAGUGGAUACCAUUUAAAUCUGAUCGCUUGCGGCAGCGCAUUAGUUCGAGAGUGCUUCCAAUCUUUGAGCUGGAAGAGAAAUGCAUGGCACGCUGGUCGGGACCGCGUAAGUUUCCAGGCACCAUAAAGAAGCUGCUGGGCAAUGACACCUACGAAGUUCUCUUUGAUGAUGGCUAUACCAAGAAUGUACGCGCUGUGCACAUGAAUAAGCUGCCGCGUCAGCUAGCAGCAAGCAUAGAAAGUGCCUUGGAUUCAGAUGCUGGGGCUAUGCUUGGUGCAGUCAAGCGGCCGAGCUCUGGCGCCGCUAGCAGCAGCAGCGGCAGUAGUAAGAAACCCAAAAUUUCACCACAACGCAAGGAUUGGCCAUUACUGGAUAUGUCUAAUCUUGACUUGGCAAACUUGGGAUUGCCAGAUAUACCGCAUGAUGGCGAAUGGACUUGUCACUGGGUCAACGAUCAACCCAUCGGCUCAGAAGGAUUUCUCAUCGUGGGCGAACAUCAGAAGCCCACUGUUAUUGUAUACGACUGGCGAUUGCCACCUGGCUGGAUUAAGCACAUGUACCAGCGUUCCAAUGUGCUGGGAAAAUGGGAUGUCAUCUUGGUAUCACCCAGCGGGAAACGUUUUCGUUCCAAAUCCGAUUUGAAAAUAUUUCUGGAAUCACAAGGACAGGUCUACAAUCCGGAUAUAUAUGACUUUAGCAUACACAGACGUCGCGCCAAGGAUAUCAAUGCCUAUGUCUAUACGCACGAUUAUAGUCCACAGCAGCCGCUUAAGCCAAAACCGUUGGAUAUAUCGCUAGACAGCAGUGUAGCAUCGCUGGAUCAAAGCAGUAGCGUCACGCCCAUGUCAUCUAUGAGUACACGACGCGCUGUGGGCGAAGAGAGUCGCUACUUGGAGACACCGGUGGCUUCUAUACUGCCGCCAGCAGAACUUAUGUCACCUGGACCACAACCACAAUCCACGAAGGCUUUGACGCCCACAGCUGACGGUCAGCUACUAAACACUGAGCCAAACGCUGUUUUAGUGGAUGAUGGUUAUGCAUUCAUUGGCGGCUUGAAAGUACAAAUUACGGACAACUUGUUUGUUUGUCCGCAAACGGAUUGCGGGAAAACCUAUCGUAAGGAAGAUGUUUUACAAAUCCACAUACGUCAUUAUCAUGGCGAACUUGCUCAGCAUCUAAGUCACUGUCCCAAGAUGCAAGAGCUCGCAGUAAAGCGCACGCACCCUUCAUCCAUAGAGCAAAACGAACCGAUGCCCAAGAAUCAAAUACCCAAUCAACAGUUCUUUGCUAAAAUGCAUCAGCAGGACUUGCAACAAACGCGUGCAGUGCGACGCCAAACUGCAGCAGCUUCGCCAGCGGCCUGUCCAACUCCAACCAAUGUAUCGCCCAGCAAGCCUGUGGGUUCGCCUAAAAUAGAACUGCCUGUAGUUGCAGCCACAUCUCAAGUCGUGGCGCCAGAUCUUUCAUCUGUUGCUGUCCCAUCGCCAACUGUAACUGACACAACGCUUGCGUCCGUUGACAGCGAGAGUGCUGCCCGCAGCGUCAAGCGUCCACGUCCUGCCAAUAACAGGCGCGCUGCAAGCUCACGCAAAAGCAAUCGUCAGCGUCCGCAGCGUCGAUAUGCAAAUGUAGCACAAAGGAAACUGACAGAAGGCAAUAGCCCAUCGCCCACUUUGCCCGUCACCAGCUAUGAGGAUAUGCACAUAUUAAGUACUCCCACGCCGGAAAGUCGUCAGGAGCUUAAGAAGCGACGCAUUGCUGUUGCAGGCACGCCCAUUAGUUCGCCCGCACAUUUGGAUGUCAUAUCCACACCGUCUUCCAUCGAUCACAUUGAUAUCAAUGCAGCCAUAGCACCGCCUCCACAAGUGCCCCAGAAGACGCCGCAGUACAUCAAGGAGAACGGUGAGCUUAUACGCAUUGUGCGCAUGCGUCAGGAGGAGAUUAUCAACUGCAUUUGCGAAUAUGGCGAGGAGGAUGGCUUAAUGAUACAAUGUGAGCUAUGCCUCUGCUGGCAGCAUGGCGGUUGCAAUGGCAUUUAUAAGGAAUCUGAUGUACCGGAGAAAUAUGUUUGCUACAUUUGCCGUAAUCCGCAGCGUGUGCGUGAUUCAAUGAGGUUCAAACACGAUCAAGACUGGUUGUAUGAGGGUAAACUGCCCAUGGCGGGUUAUCAUACAGCGGAUCCUCACGCGGAUAAAAAGUUUCAGCUGCUCAAGCAUUCACACACCUUAACAGGCAAUCUUUUGGAUGCCAAGCGUUCCUUACACUCGUUGCUGGUUAAAAUGAAUAUAGCACGUAAUCGCUGUCAUCCCAAGCUAUAUCUCUGGGCCAAGAAAUGGGAUGAGGAUCAGACAGACAGCACAACGCCAGUAAAGCGACCAAAGCAGGAGCCGAGCGAGUGGCCGCAUGUGCCGCAACCAGAAGCAGCCAUUGAUCCAGAGGAGUGUCAGUAUCGCUUAAUAGAGCACAUUAAGGUGCAGCAAGGACUCGUACUCAAUCGCCUGAAUGAAAUCGAGGCUGAAAUGGAUGAACUUGAAAAGGAAGAUACCUUGCAAGAUCUUAAAGAUGCAAAUCAGUCUACUACCAAAGAGGCCAUGGCAACAUUCAUCAAGGAACUGGAGGCUCUUAGGCGUCUUGCUAACCUUAACAAAGUUGCAAAUAUGAAGCAGGCACUCAAGGCUCAAGAAGCUGCAGCAACAGAAACAUAGUUUGUGACCUUGGAAUGCAUGGACUUGGCAUCGGAAUAAUAUAAUGCUGUUGGAUUUAUUACACACAGAUAAUUUGAUGUUAUUUGUCAAUAAAUGCUUGUCUGAGAA